GAGAGAGAACGCCUGUGUAAUUUGAAUAACCUUAUUUCCCAUUGGACUCUAGAGGAUGCGCACAGAUAGUAAAGUUACAUUUAUGUCCAGAACCAAGGGGCCAUCUCAGUAUUCUCUCAAAGGAUCAGGGGAUAUUUUUCAAGAGAAGUCUUCUUGUAUGGGAGCAACAUGUAAUAACACCAUGUAUCCUGAUAUUCGCAAUUCUAACUACCCGCUUGUGGCCAAUAGAGCCAAUCUAUCGAUAUAUCGUUUUUGAUAGAACUUCGAGAGUUCGAUGUGAGCAGUUGCUUUCUGUCACCUGUGGUGCCGAAGAAGCAGCGUAAUUUGUCCACGUUGUUUUUAAAGGAAAGCGUUAGACGAAUAUAUUUAAAGAUUAAUCACUAGAUAUUUGCUUCUCCGAUUCCUGUAUUCCCGCUUUGCUCCGUGUGAAAAGAUGGCGAAUCCUAAAUACGCAGAUCUUCCUGGCAUUGCGUACGAUCAGCCCGAUGUAUAUGAAACAGAAGAUCUUCCUGAAGCCGAUCAAAACGCAGAUUUUUAUGAGGAAGAAACCGAUUCCAUUGAACGCCUACAUAUUAGUGCAAAUGAAGCAUUUGGAAGAUUUAAAGGGAAGUCUUUAAAUGCAGCCAGUGUGGAUUUCUCUGAUCGUAUUACAAAAUCAAGACGCUCUGGCUAUGAAGUGCUUAACUGGGAAAUAGUUGGUGAAGGAGAGAAAGAAACACCUUUACAAAAGUAUCAAAGAUUGCAGAUAGAAAUUAAAGAGUUAGCUGAAGAAGUCAAUCAGUUGAAGGAAACAGGUGUGCCAGUAGGAGGAGACCAGCCCCCACCCGCUCAGCUGGCCCAACUGGUGGAGGCUGCCCAGCGACAGUUGGCAGAAGUGCACCUGGAAGAAGCAUUAGGUUCAGAGCUACUGGCUGACUUGAAGGACCCAGAAGGGGCCCGUGUCAUGCGACUUCUGACAGAGUUGGAAAGUUUACGGCAAGGAUCCACUGACAUCAAAGCAAAAGGGGAUGCUCCAUCUGGUCAACCUGCUGCCGGAGUUGUGUCUUAUGAACUCCAGUUCCGACCUGAACAGUCUGAACUGUCACGGAGUAGUCGAUUGGCGCAGUUGGAACAGAGGUUGCAUUUUGCAGAAAGUGCUCUUGGUGCUACUCCAGAACGUAUGGCCACAUUAUGUGUGGAUCCACGUGACCGAGCUAGGCCAUGCAGUCUGCUAGAAGCAGUGCAGCUGUUGAGUGCUAAAGUCAGUCUGUUGGACACUGCACAUCUGGAUCAUGUAGAGGGCAGACUUAUUGCUUUAGCUCAGAAGAUGGACUCUAUUGCCGACAAAAAUUCUUCAACUGUAGAGGAUGCAGAAAGGGACCAAAAAGUAAUUGAACUGUAUGACCUCAUGAAGAAAAACAGUGAAGAAGUGGCUCAAAUCUUACCAGAAACUUUGGAUCGAAUGCUUACAUUACAGGCUCUCCAUCAGCAAGCUGCUGAUUUUGGCAAGUCUCUCAGUCAAUUGGAAGCUGUCCAACAGCAGAUAUCCGGAUCGUUGCACAAUAGUGAACAACUGCUCCAAGAGCAAAAAGAUAGUUUUCUCAAGCAACUGGAGUUGCUUAAAAGUAAUUUAGCUCGUUUAGAUUCCCGUAUCACAGCUUUAGGUAAAAAAUGACCUCAAUAACAGCAGUUGGAGACAGUUGCUUGGUACAUAUUACACUGAAUGCAUUGUUCCAUUGCCCUAACUGCACAAAGUAACCCAUAUCUCACAAAAAGGUGCUUUCCUCCAGUGUUAUAGGUGUGAGAAAUAAAUUUUUGCACCUCUAUUGCUUAAAGAAUAAAUUAUUUGCAUCCAGAAUGUUAAAUGUAUUUUAUAUGAAUAAUCUGUUUCACCUGAAUUACACACCUUGUAAUCCUUGUCUUCAAAGAACUCUGAUUUGUGACUUUGUGUCAAUGUGUUUCUGCAGAAAUGGAGGCAGUGUAAAAGAUUUACUUUUUCUUAUUGUUAAUCUUGCUUUUCAGCUCUUAAUGUAUGUGUGUGUGUAUACACGCGCAAACACACACACACAUAUAUAUAGGUGUAUUUGGAUGGUAAAUAGUGAAGAACGCUUUCUAUUAGUGUGCAUUUAUUGUGGAUUUCAAGAUGGGAGACAAAG